AUGGCUGGCUUUCAAAUUAAGUUGAAAGCGGAUGGUGUAACAAAACCGCUGCAUAAACCUAAAAAAACUAACGGUAUCCACAUUAGUGCUACUCCUAAACGUAAGUCGUACCAUCAUAAGAAUGCUUUGGAUGGCCAAUCAACAGAUAGCGAUGAAGACAUCAUAAACCCAAUAGAUUCAUUUGAACAAAUUUCUGAAGAAAAAGAGCAGCUUUUAAUCAUAAAACCUGAUAAGCUAAACAAAACUUUAAUAAAUUACAAUUCCUCAUCAGCCCCAAGCAUAUCUGAACUUCAAAAUCCACAAAUAGAAAAGUUGAAUUAUGGCUUGAAUAGAUUUGAAAACCCCCAUUCACUGGUUGAGAAUUCCACAGAAAAGAUCAAUCCUCAAGAGACAAAGACUGAUGAUAAGGCUGCUAGACUUCUGUUACAAUCAGAAGACUCAUUGAUAGAUAGGGGUUUAACAAUCCAGGGACCAAUUACUUCUGAAAAAAAUUCCUUGUCAUACGGUACAGAGGAGGAUACUAUUGAGUACGAGAAAGUUCCCGUGGAUCAAUUCGGUGCAGCUCUCUUGAGAGGCAUGGGUUGGCUGCCAGGUGCCAAAGACUCAAAGGCUGCAAAGGGUUCAUUAAUGGCUAAUAGAAAGAAAGGAACUCUACUUGGAAUUGGGGCUAAGACGGUUGAACCAGAGUUAAUGGAAGAUUUACUUGCUAGAAAGGGCGCAAAAUUUCUGAUCCCUGUUAUUAAAAGAAAAAAAGAGUCAUGA